CCACAUACUCACAAUUUCAAAAUUUAUUUGCAAACAAAACAAAAAAUGAGACUAAAUUUCAGUGAUCAGUAGAUCUGAUCUUAAAAACCGCGCGAUUUUAACAGUGGCAAUAUAAUUCUCCGGUGAGCAGGUUAAAUUGUUGCAUGUUUUGAAUAAAUCAACGGAAAUUUUUUCCGGAGGAAAACUCAUUUCAUUCGUGAAGACAAGCGGCGAUCGCGGAUUCUCCAAGGCUACGGGACGCGCAACUCAUCAUAUGAUGUGCCUGAGCGGGAAUUCGUAUUUUGAAACUGAAUGUUGACAAGUGCGAGGUCUAACCUCCAAAUCUCGAACAAGUGCUAAAAUUUUUCGUUUUCAUCAUAAAAAUAAUGAACUCAUUUGAUUUUUUGAACAGAACAAGGUGAAUCGAGAUUCUUGCCGUAUCUCCAGUUCGAGAGCUAGUUUCUAGUCGAAGGUUGACGCGUCCCUGAUUGUGUUGUUAGAGUUUGCUAUAUUUAGACGAAUACCAGUUCUGUGACAGUUAUCGCUUUCAAUGCGACAUUCUUCUCUGGAUCCAAAUAAAGCUUCUCUCGGCAGAGUUCUCAAUCAAAAUCUACACCUCUCUCUAUAUUUAGAGUCAAGAGACAAUACAUCGCAAACUGAUUGAAAGGAUGCAAAGGAAGGACGAGACACGGAUUGGUCGUAAGUACACAAAUCGAUGAGAAAAUCCCUGUACAAAAAUUACAGACAGAAAGUCCGCGCUUCAGAUACUACAGACUCCAGUCAAUCAGAGGAGCACUUAAAUUCGAAACUAAUCACACAAAAAUGCUCUCCACGCAACCUACGUAACUAUGAAAAGCAAACCAUGCACCGAGGUUAUUCAUUCGAGAAAAAACAGUCGCAUAAGAAAAAACCUGAAGCGCCAGCCAGGGAACAUGUUCAAGUAAGGCGUAGUAGAACUAAAACUAAAGAUUCACACCUCAGCAGAGUGAAACCACCGGAUAAGUCGGAUAGUCUCUAUAACUAUGCUCCUCCUUCUUCCAAACCAAGCAUCGAGAACAUUCCGAAAGCUUCGAACUACUCUUACUCGAGCCAGGAAGAGAGAAGGUACAAGGACUCGGAUGAAGAACCCAGGUACGUGCGCGAAACUAGCAAAUAUUACAAGAACACAGAUGGUAAUUUGAACUAUAAUAGGUUCAAUCCAAACCAUAAUAUCCAUAGAAAUAUAUCCCCCGUGAAAAAAGAGCCGUCAUACGUUCGCAGCCCUGCUGGCAGCAAUAAUCUUCUCUCCGUUCGAGAGUACAAUAAAAUGCUGAAUAAUGAUUCGGGCAAUUCGUACGGUUACUUCCACGGGGAUAAAAACAACAAGCUCUGUUACAUAUCUAACCGACCGGUGUACUAUGAUAAUACCGGCAUGGGCGAAAAGUCAAGAUACCGCCAAAAACACAGCGAGCUUUCGAAUACAAAAAGCAGCGACCUCAGGAUAGUCAGCAAAAGUGAUACUUCAUUAGCGCAAAGUGGCAGAAGGGGCCACAAUCGCCUAUCGGAUGGGAGCGAUAAGAAUAUUAAGAAAAACGAGCAUUAUUUAUCUAAAAUGGAUCGGUCCUCGAAAAAACCUCACCACAACGAAAAUUCAAUAUCGGACGUAAAUAAGAGCGAAACAAACGAUAGGCUGAAAGUUACCUGUAAAAAUAGUGAGAUAACACGCUUAACCAACGAGAUAGCCAAAAAGUUGCAAAAUAUCGGUUUGAAUAUAACUGCAGAGCCAUUGCCCAGAAAUAAAGCGAGGCGGAGGAAGGAAGAGAACACACAGGACAAAGCACGACCGCCUACGAAUCGCAAAGACACAGAAUCGGAGGAAAGUUGCGAGACGGUACCAGAGAAAGACACGGUGGCGCCUUCCCCGAAUCAGCAUCAGAAAGAGAUCGACAUUGAAGAGGAGGUAAAAAGAACGACAGAACCAUCGAAAACCUCCAGAGGUCAAAAGUUCAAACAUCACACCAAGUACUACGUCUCCAACCCCGAGACCCCCGAGGACAGGUGUGAUAAAUGCCCUUGCAACGACCCGCCGGCGAAGCAGAGGGAAUUGCACGGGUGCUGCUACCGGGAAGGCGAACACGUCAACACACAGUCGGAGCAUAUAAAUCUGAAACAAGAUUUAAAGAGCUGCUGCAAUCCAGGCCGGAACAUCUACGAAAAUCUGGAGGUUUGCGAUAUGACUCGCUUGUAUAAACCGGACGACCAUACGAAAAUGCUGACGCACAAUCUGAUCAAUCAAAAUUGCACGUGUGCUUUCAGCGAGGUCAAGUGCGAGGGCAGUCCAGACGCCAUAGCAAAGCUCGGGCUUUACAACAACGGUAAACGGUCGAAGUCACCUUUGACCACAGUGAACAAUAAAACCAACGGUGUGUAUGUCUUCGUGCCUCUCCCUGAGAACUCAAACGACCCGGUGGAAAUGAGCAGACACCUGCAAAACAUUUACAAUAAUAUAAUACCUAUGAGUGAGAAACAGGAUCAGAAGAACUGCGAGAAUAAAGCAUCGGCCAAGAGAUCCCAGGACUUAUCGAAAAGCGAGUCGUCGAAAGGAGCUGGUGAAGCUGGGCAAGAUAAAACGAAAGCUGAGAAUGAUGCUGAGACGGACAGAGCAAAGUUGCUUGAUAAGCUCUUGGAUGAAUACAACUUGACCCAACUUAAGCAACUGCUUGAGAAGAAGGCUGCUGCCCAGAGCGACGACUUAGUAGAGGAUUUGAAGAGGCUGAAGCAGCAGAACAUGGGGCGACGUCAUUCAGACGUGAACUUGAAUUUAGAUCAACCGGUUAGAUCACCGUUGAGGACCAGGAAGUGCCCGUCGGAAAGUUCUUUCGUCAUGAAGAACAACGCGAAACCUUGGUCACAGAACGAGCACGAUAAGUACAGUUCCUACAACGACUCACGGUUUGGUGGAAUGCCCGAGUACGCAACACCCUUCCAACAGCAUCAGUCCAUGUUCCCUGAGCCGCCUCUGAACAACUACCAAAGCAUCAACCUCCCUUUCACCGAAUUCGUAUCGGACAUGUCGAAGUACCGGGCCGCCCCCUACGGCACCGGCCAGGCGAUGUUCUACACCCGCACGAAAUCCCCCAAGUCCUACCACGGCACCCCACAACCUCCCCCCGUCAGCGACCCGAACAUCAAGCCCGGACAACCACUCCCCAGCUCCAUCAUCGACCCGUCGAUCCCGUUCCAGGCCAAACGUCGGGAGGCCGAACCUCAGGAGGGGUCGUCGCUCUACGGUCGUCCCAAGUCACCCUCGCAGACUUUCAACUACGGGUUGGACAUGGCCACGAAGAGACACCACCAACAGUUGAUCAACCACGCUCACCAUCAGGUGCACCCCAAGGCCUCGUUCGACCCACUCUCGUCUUGCUACCCCUCCGGCGAACCAUCCUACAUGCCGUCACAUACGCACGGACUUUACGAUAUCCUGGAGUCCCUCGACGACUACUUACCACCAAGUCUACGUUCACCCCGAUUCGAUCAUUCUCCGACUCGUUUCGACCGGUACUACGGAGAUCAACCGAGCUGCGGUCACCAACACAAGUCUUUCAAGUCCAAGUACUACACGAGUUCACCACCACCAGAGCCGUCCGAUUUCGGGUUCGAGAUCCCCAGCCUCCAGAAGUGCCAUAACCACGCGUCGAGGUCGUAUUACAAGCCGGUGGAGCACCAGCAUUUAGGCGACUUCCGCGAGAGGGUCCACUUCGUCGACACCGAGUCGAGGGGACCGUCGAUCCUGAAGAAACUAUCGGACGUGGUGGCCAAGCCGUUCAGCAUGCUCUUCAGAGUUGAGCCGGAGAACCCACCACGUCAUAAAUCGCAUUUGAAGGGGAUUUUGAAGUCUGCGAUCGAUGAGGAGGAGAACGAAGAUGACGAGGCUUAUGAGAGCUACUACAGAGAAAGGUAUUCGCAAGAAAAAGGGCAGAGUAGGAGUGCGGCGUACGACUUGGACGAUAUGGAUUUGGACGAUAUAUCGCAGCCCCCGUUGGAGUACGUCACUGUGGUGGACCCUUUUCAAACGGACUCCCUUGAGUCCAUCCGCGAUGAGAACUUCGGGGACUCGGCCUCCGGCGGGAAAAGAAGUCCAAGGAAAAACAGCCCGGUUCGUCGGUGAUACUUAAUGCGUCGAGAUGGUUUGCUUCACAUUCGAAUAUGAGACGCGUCUGCUAGUCUUUCAUGUUUGAACGGUUUGUUUCUAAAAUGGAACAAGUUCAUUUUCUCACUGGAAAAAAAACAGAUUGGAUCUAGAGUCCAGACUCUUAAAAACAUCGACAAGAAA